AUGGCCCCAGCCAUUUCCAAGCCUCUCCUCAGCGAUCUCGUGGCACAGAUCGGGAAAGUCCCAUUGAGCCACAUCAGGCCUGUCGGAGACCGCCCGGACCUCGCCAAUGUCGACAACGAGUCCGGCGCCGGGAUCCCGCUCAUCGACCUCAAGAAGCUCAACGGGCCGGAGCGCCCUAAGGUGGUGGAGGCCAUCGGCAGGGCCUGCGAAUCCGACGGCUUCUUCAUGGUGACGAACCACGGCAUCCCGGCGGCGGUCGUGGAGGGGAUGCUGCGCGUGGCGCGGGAGUUCUUCCACCUGCCGGAGUCGGAGCGGCUCAAGUGCUACUCCGACGACCCCAAGAAGGCGAUCCGGCUGUCCACCAGCUUCAACGUGCGCACGGAGAAGGUGAGCAACUGGCGCGACUUCCUGCGCCUGCAUUGCUACCCGCUCGAGAGCUUCGUCGACCAGUGGCCGUCAAACCCGCCGUCCUUCAGGGAAGUGGUGGGCACCUACGCGACGGAAGCGAGGGCGCUGGCGCUGAGGCUGCUGGAGGCCAUAUCGGAGAGCCUGGGCCUGGAGCGGAGCCACAUGGUGGCGGCCAUGGGGAGGCACGCGCAGCACAUGGCGGUGAACUACUACCCGCCGUGCCCGCAGCCGGAGCUCACCUACGGGCUGCCGGGCCACAAGGACCCCAAUGCCAUCACGCUGCUGCUCCAGGACGGCGUCUCCGGCCUCCAGGUGCAGCGUGGCGGCCGCUGGGUGGCCGUCAACCCCGUGCCCAACGCGCUGGUCAUCAACAUCGGAGACCAGAUGCAGGCACUGAGCAACGACCGAUACAAGAGCGUGCUCCACCGCGUGAUCGUCAACAGCGAGAGCGAGCGGAUCUCGGUGCCGACGUUUUACUGCCCGUCCCCGGACGCGGUGAUCGCGCCGGCCGACGCGCUGGUGGACGACGGGCACCCUCUGGCCUACCGCUCAUUCACUUACCAGGAGUACUACGACGAGUUCUGGAACAUGGGCCUCCAGUCGGCCAGCAGCCUCGACCGGUUUAGGCCCGGAGGAUCGAUAGAUCAGUGA